GCCUGCUUGCCUGGAUGGCACUAAGAGAAGUAUAUAAAGCUUCUCACGUACUUUUUCUCCCAUUCUCAUCCGUCUCUUCUUAUAUUCUAAUCGUUAAAUCUACAAUCUUCACAUCUUCAAAGACAUACGACCUCAUCAUGAAGCUCCUUAGCUUUACUUUCACGAUCUUAACGCUCGCCGCCACCAGUGCAGUUGCAGCACCAGCACCUACCUGUGAAGGACGCUACUGUACGGUGUACCCCGAACCAUGGUCUGGUGUCCGCAAGAAUGUGUCAGUGGACUGCAAGACCAACUCUGUUUCUUCUUUCAUUUGGUGCGUAGGAGGAUGUGAAAAUGGUGCCUGCCUAUGACCGAGUGGCUUGAUAGCAGUAGAACUCAGAAGAAGCUAAUGGAAACCUUGUGGUAAUAGCGAAGGCUGAU